AUGAUCUCGGCGUCUCGCAUCACCGCUCCGGCCAAGCCGGCGGCAGCCCAGGCGCCGGCCGUCCGGUCCCGCGUGGCCCGCGGUGCGUUCGCCCGCCAGGCGCAGCGCCAGUCCGUGGUGGCGCACGGCGUGGGCGCGGCCCCGUUCUCGUCGAAGAUCUUCGACGUCGAGGACGUUGAGUUCGCUGGGGGCAAGGAGAACAUCCUCCGCGGUGGGCGCGACAAGAUGCCCAAGCUCGUCGACGCGUGGAAGGCCAAUGGAAUCAAGGAGGUUGGCGUGAUUGGCUGGGGCUCGCAGGCCCCGGCGCAGGCCCAGAACAUCCGCGACUCGCUCGCCGAGGCCGGCCUCUCGGGCGACGUCCGCGUCGCCAUCGGCCUCCGCAAGACGUCGCCCUCCUGGGCCGAGGCCGAGCAGUGCGGCUUCAACGAGGCGGACGGCACGCUCGGCGAGGUCUUCGACAUUAUCGGCCGCUCGGACCUCUGCAUCCUCCUCAUCUCCGACGCCGCCCAGGCCAACCUGUACGAGCGCGUCCUCGCGGCCAUGAAGCCCGGCGCCACGCUCGGCCUCUCGCACGGCUUCCUGCUCGGCCACAUGCAGACGGAGGGCGCGGACUUCCGCAAGGACAUCAAUGUUGUGCUCGUGGCGCCCAAGGGGAUGGGGCCGUCCGUGCGCCGCCUGUACGAGCAGGGCAAGGAGGUCAACGGCGCCGGCAUCAACUGCUCGAUGGCCGUCCACCAGGACUCGACGGGCGCCGCCACGGACAUCGCGCUCGGCUGGGCCGUCGCUGUCGGCGCGCCCUUCACCUUCGGGACCACGCUCGAGUCCGAGUACAAGUCGGACAUCUACGGCGAGCGCAUGAUCCUCCUCGGCGCCGUGCACGGGAUCGUCGAGUCGCUCUUCCGCAGGUACACCGCCUCGGGCAUGUCCGAGGAGGAGGCCUUCAAGCAGACCGUGGAGUGCAUCACCGGGCCCAUCACGCGCAUCAUCUCCACCGACGGCGGCAUCAUCGGCGUCUACAACGCCCUCGACGACGCCGGCAAGAAGGUCUUCGAGCAGGCCUACAGCGCGUCGUUCAAGCCGGCCCUGGACAUCUGCUACGAGUGCUACGAGGACGUGGCGUGCGGCAACGAGAUCCGCUCCGUCAUCAACGCGGGCAACCGCUUCGACCGCUUCCCGAUGGGCAAGAUCGACGGCACGCGCAUGUGGGUCGUCGGCGAGAGCGUGCGCGCCAAGCGCGUCGAGGAGGACAUCCCGCUGAACCCCUUCACCGCGGGCGUGUACUGCGCCGCCAUGAUGGCCACCGUCCAGUGCCUCCAGGACAAGGGCCACGCCUGGUCCGAGAUCUGCAACGAGUCUAUCAUCGAGGCGGUGGACUCGCUGAACCCGUACAUGCACGCGAAGGGCGUGGCGUUCAUGGUGGACAACUGCUCGUACACGGCCCGCCUGGGCUCGCGCAAGUGGGCGCCGCGCGUGGACUACCACCUGUGCCAGCAGGCGUACACCGCGGUGGACCAGGGCGCGCCGGUGGACCAGGAGCUCAUCGCGAAGUUCAAGUCGCACCCCGUGCACGCCGCGAUGCAGACGUGCGCCGAGCUGCGGCCCACCGUUGACAUUUUCGUGUCGGACAACGUCGGCGUCGGCGCCGGCCAGGCGCGCACCGAGUUCCGCUCGGAGGCCGCCACUGCGUAA